AUGGGCUGUGGUGUUUACCUCUUCCGCACGAAAAUCAAAGUGGUGGGAGAGGACGUGGGAAGCGUCGUGUGUGGGUGGAGGUUCCAGGCCUGGAUGGCUAGCAACCUAGCCACCACUCUUCUGCUGCUUCUGCUGGACCAGCCUGCAGCGCCAGAGACCGAGACGACCAUCGCACUCGAGAGCCAGACAGCCUCUCAGGAGAACAUCCGACCGACGCAUUCGACGACCCGCGACCAUCGCCAGGUCUCGUCUUACAUCUACCCGAUUCGACGCCAAUUUGCCCCUCCAUCGUCGCCGACUUCAGCGCCGAGCAAAAGUUGGAAUCGAUCCUGGUCGUUGAACCGCGCGGAUUUAAUACAACUAUAUUGGGGGGUUUCCAACCAACGCGGCCGCAACACCAACCCACUAAACGCCAUCGCCGCCGUCCUCGACUUGACCUCAAGGACCCAGUCUUUUACAACCACAAAACAAAUCGACACCCUCGCCCUGGAGUCGAUUUGA